GGCAGGUCUGGGAAAGAGGAGUGAUUAAAGGAAUGCAGUUCUAAAAACAAUGUAGCAGUAGAACAGUGUAUAUUGUGUAAGUUUGUAACAAAAAGAAUAUGAAGCACUGGGAAGGUUGCUGUGUCUCUACAGAGUGGUAUAUCAUGUAAGUUUGUAACAAAAAGAAUAUGAAGAGAACCCAUAGUGGGGCACUUCUGCUGUGUCUGUACAGAAUGGCGUAUAUGGUGUAGGUUUGUAAUAACAAGAAUAUGAAGCACUGGGACACUUUUGCUAUGCCUACCUUUCCAUUACACUGUUGCAGUUCUGUAUUCAUAAAAGGGGGUGGAGAUAGAAAUGAACUUCUAAGGUGGUUCAGAUUAACACUGCUAUAUCAGUAGGCUUGGGCUGUAUAGACAACGGCAACCCCAAAAGUGCCCAUUCUGGAGGCCGGAGAUAUCUACAUCCACAAGCUGGAGUUCUUGCAGCUUUUAGAGGCAGACCCAAAUUAAAAAUAAAUAAAUAAAUAAAUAAAAUAAAACGAUGAACCCUAUUUCAUGACUCUCCUGGAUGAUGCUGCAUUAAAAGCCCCAAAGAACUUACUACCUUUACAGACAGCAUGACUGAAUGGGGGGUGACAACGCUUGAGGAAUCAGGAAGCCUUAUAAACAACACAAGCUAUGACACAACAUUAGGAACAUGCGGCUACAGUAGAAAGUAAAAUAAAUAGAAAAUGUGAAACUAGAAAAUGUUAGUUUCCUUUUAUAAAAGCUCUUUCAUUAUCCUGUCAGUGUAAUCAGCAUGACAAUGAAAUGUGUUCCUGUUCUGAAUGUAGCAACUUGUUCUUCUGCAAAAAAACACAAGUCUACCAACUACCUUUACAGACGAGUAAGACACUGCAAGAGGAUACAGAAACACAGAAAAUAUUAGAAUGGGCUCAUUUAAAGCACUGCUGCCGACAUUUUCUAGCUGGGUUAUUUUACUUCUUUUGAAUACUACAUCCAUUGGAAUGACUACAAAAAAAUGCCAGCUGUUCAAAAAGGAUUUUCAAGGUUUCACUUUGACAGAUGUUUCUAUGUGUCCUGAUGAAUUUGGAAAAAGGGACUUCAUGGCAAUUGCUAUCUGUAAACAAAGUAAGGACAUUAUUAGCGACAUGAAGAAUAUCCCAGAUGAGACAGAUGCCAUGUGUUUUUUUCAGAUUAAUGGAAUUUUCAGGCCAGGUGGACUAUCUCGUUUUUAUAAUCUAACUGCUGUAUACAUAAAAAACAGUUUUCACUUUAUGCCUGGUGCCUUUGAAGGUCUCAGGCACCUGAGUCUUCUCUGGAUACAUAUUUGCAAGAACAUAACUUUUAAUAUGGAUGCAUUAACUGGGCUUUAUUCACUAAAAGAACUAUACAUAAUGGGCAUUCAUUUCAGCCAACUCAACUGGACAGUUCUUUCUACUCUAAUUCACCUGGAAAUUCUUAGUUUAAAUUAUAAUGAAAUUACUAAUUUAUCAGAUGUUACAAAACAUUUAAGCACACUUUCAGCUUUGAGAAACCUGUCACUCUUUAGCAACAAUAUUGAAGUUAUAAACAAAGAUGACUGUCUAUCCCUUUCCACCAGAAUGCAACCUUUUUUUCUGCCACUAAAUGUUUCAUACCUUGACCUCAGUACAAACAGGUUAGAGAAAAUUGAGAAACAUGCCUUGUGUGAUUUUCCAUAUUUAUCUUUCCUGAAAGCUGAUAUAUCAUCCCUAAAUAUAAAAGAUCUAUUUAAUGCUGGUAUACAAAGGAUUGACGUUCUUUCUUUGCAACGUAUAGGUCUUGAUAACAAUUUUCCUGUAUGCAGCAUGGUGCAGCAUUUUCAAAUCCAACAGUUGCUAUUAAACCACAAUGACAUCUCUGAACUUAACAUCACUGAAAUCCAACUAAAGACAUUGAAGAGACUGGAUCUUACAGAAAAUUAUUUGACCAGCCUCACAUCAGAUUUAAUAUAUACAUUUGCAAAUGUAAAGGAAUUAAUUGCUUCUGAAAAUGCAAUUUCAUUUCUUGAACUCUGCCCUAAUGAUACUAAGCAGAUCAUCAAGCUUGAGCUCACAUGCUUGGCUCUUUCAUCCAAUGAUAUUCAGCUGAUAAAAAAUGGACAGUUCUUUUGCUUGAAGAACCUUCAGACUUUGUUGCUGAAUGACAACAAGAUUACUCAAGUUGAGGAUUCUGCCUUCAUUGGUCUGGAUAGUCUGAAACUAUUAAAUCUGGAGGGCAAUGCCAUUUUUCAAAUAAACAUGGAUACUUUUAAUGGUUUAAACCAACUUACAAAACUAAACUUGUAUCAGAAUAAAUUAAAGGAAAUUCAUGCCAUGGCAUUUUAUCAAACAAACAAACUCCAAGAACUCAAGAUAAGCUUAGCUGAUGAUGUGAAGCACCUAUACUGUUUUGGAGAAGUCAAAGGUCACCUAUAUAAAGUAUCUAUCAAAACUUUUGGCAGUCAAAUAUGGCUGGAGGAUGAGUUGUUAUUCCCAUUUAUGCAUUCUCUGGAAGUUUUAGAAGUUGAAGCUUUGAAAGUGGUACUUGGAUGUGAUACAUUUCCAUUUUCACAAAUAGAGGAACUAUAUAUUUGGAAAAAUUGUCUGUUUGUGUGUUUAACAGGGCUACCUGCACUGGAGUAUUUUACUAACCUCAGACUUUUACAUUACAGUUCCAGUCAGGAUGAAAUACACACAAAAAGUCAAUUAAAUUCAACAAUUCCUUACUUACACAGUUUGGAAAACCUUUAUUUAGAAGACAUAUACCGAGAUAUACAAAGGUCUCUUAUUGAUGCAGAGGUCCUGUUCUAUGGUUUGGACAAACUGCAAACCCUACAUCUGAAGAAUUCUGGGAUAACACAUUUUACAGUCAACAUGUUUAAGGACCUCAGAUCCCUGCAUGGUUUAAUAGUGGAACAACAGACCAUUAUAGUGUUGCAAUAUGGAAUAUUUAACAGUCUGGAAAAACUUGAGUACAUUUAUUUCCAUGAUGUUGAUUUUAAAUGCAACUGUGAGAUGCACUGGAUAAUUGAAUGGCUAGCUACCAAUAUUCAUGUACAGGUGUUUGACUUUAGUUUGCAGACUUGUUCAACUCAGGCGAUCGAGUUUAACUUUCUUGAUUUUCUUGAUACACAGUGUCCACCAGUGCUAGAAUUUACAUUGUUCAUGUUAACCUUCUGUAUCACACUGUCCUUUAUUCUAUUUGCAUUGCUACAUGAAAGCAUCUGGUGGAACUUAUUAUAUUUGUAUUACUUAGUCAGAGAAAGGCUAAACAGCAGGAUUUCCAGAAGACAUGGGGAUAAGUAUCAAUAUGAUGCAUUUGUAUCCUACAGCAGCUAUGAUGAAGAAUGGGUUGUAAACCAGCUUCUUCCAAACCUGGAACAAACUGGUCCAUCAUUCGUCACACUUUGCUUGCACAACAGGGACUUUGAACUGGGCAAGAAUAUUGUGGACAAUAUCAUAGACAACAUUCAGAAAAGCCGUUGGACCAUUUGUAUAGUUACACACAAUUACUUGCAGAGCCAGUGGUGUUCCUUGGAGAUGAAGAUGACCACUUAUAGACUGAUUGCUGAAAGCAGAGACUGUCUACUACUGAUCCUUUUGGAGAAGAUCUCCUUGGAGGAGAUCUCUUACUAUCACAGAUUAGCUAGACUCAUGACAAAAAAGACUUACCUGGAUUGGCCAUUAGAGAAAAAGGACCAGCAAUUAUUCUGGGCAAAAUUAAAGAAUGCUAUCCUCAAACCAACUGAAAAUAAAAUAAAUUAAUUUCCUUAACCCUUUUGUAGAUGCUUCAAAAUCUCUGUGCUGAUCUAUAUUACAAUUUACCAGUAUGCCUACCAUUUUUUAUUUUUUCAGCAAUGCUCUUGUUUUUUCCCCUUAACAUAAACAGCAAUCAUUUCUACUUUUAAGCAUUCAUUGUAUUUUUUUUUAUUUGAAUUGUAUUCAUUUUGUUUAGCAAUGUUGGCCUUAAGUAUUUGUGUUCAUGCUAACAGAUAACUGCAUUUGUCUACAGCAUUAUGACAAAGAAUGCUUACCUGCAGUGACCAGAAGAAAAACAGAAUAAUAAACAAAAUAAGCAGUAA